AUGUCGCUGCUGGCACUCGGUUCGUUCCUAGUCAAACAACGCCACGUUUCCAGUGCUCUAUUGCGCUGUUCGGCAUCGAUCCCAAGCAUCAUCCUGCAUCGUUCGAUAAGCAAUGCAUCCAAGCAAACAUCAUCCUCCCAAUCCCUGUCAGCGGGAAGUGAUCGCACAGACGUAUCAACCGACGUACGGCCAAUCGGUGAACGGGUGAAGGAAAAUACAAAAACGGCCAGCUAUAUGGGCGUAAUUCUGCUCGGCGUUGGAGUAACCGGUCUGCUGUUCUACGUCAUAUUCUGGGAACUGUUCUCAUCGGACAGUCCCAACAAUAUCUACUCCGAGGCACUGGAACGGGUAAAGGAAGAACCGAGGGUGAAAGAUGCGCUCGGCGCACCGAUCAAGGGCUACGGAGAGGAAAGCCGGCGUGGUCGGCGAACGCGUGUUGCACACACCCAAUACGUCAAAGAUGGUGUCGAAUACAUUCGAAUGCAGUUCUUCGUGCAAGGAUUCCGGAACAGAGGAACGGUCCAUCUGGAGAAACGCAAAACGGAAUCCGGCAGCUAUGAAUAUCGUUAUCUAUUUGUGCAACUGGACUAUAACCCUCACAGUCCCAUAAUACUUGAGGACAACAGACUGCAGCAGGAUUCGAUGCGAUCGCCAGCCGGUACUGUGCCGCAACCUUUUCUGUAA